CAGUAAGGAAAUGCGGAAUAUCUAUUCUUUAUUAUGGCCUCCAAGCUGUAUCUACCGAUCGCGACAUCGUCGGCGAUACGGCAUCAUUCCAAGUCGACAUUUAUGCAAUGAAAGGUCGUUGGAGUAACGGCAUGUUGUGUCUGCUGUGCUGACUUGGAUCAUCAGGUUUGUCAACUUUAACCUUUGAUCCAGGGUCAAACAGGAUGACCGGCGUUUGGUCUCCGCCAUUUUAGACAACUUCGGGAGAUUAUCAUAUCUCUCCUUCCCGAAUUUUAGCGCAAUUCACGUCAUAUCCAGUACCUGAUACUACAGACUAACAGAUAUCCUAAUCAAUAGGGAUGGAAGAUCCUGGCUGUGUGUUUCCUGUUGGACCCCCUAUCAGACAUCCUGUGGAUGGAGCAAGUGACAGGACCAGACAAGAACAGGCAAUGGGAACACAGCAGGAAGAGGAAACAAGCAGUGUGGCCUCCGUCCCACCUGACAAGGAAGCCUGGUCACAUUUGUAUGUACGGGCUCCUACAGAACAGCUACAUCAGGUGGCAACAAAUAAUACUGCGGACGCACCCUACGUCUGUCAACAGUGUGGGUACAGGGCAUUCAGAAACUCUCGGCUUUCCGAACACAUGAGGAAACAUACUUGCGAGAAACCUUACAAGUGUGACAGGUGUGAAUUUUGCACACACUGGAAAAAGAACCUUGUGCAACACAUGGCGAGGCAUAAUGGUGAGAAGCCCUACAUGUGCGGGGAGUGUGGGUACAGGACGGUCGACGGGUCAAGCCUACGCCGACACAUGAGGAAACAUACAGGAGAAAAACCCUACAUGUGUGGGGAGUGCGGAUUUAUGACGUCGGACAGUUCUAGCUUAGCUGCACAUGCUAAACAGCAUACUGGUGAAAAACCUUUCAAGUGUCUCCAGUGUGACUAUUCUGCAUUACUGAAAAGCCAUUUAGAUCGACACAUGCUUAAACACACCGGGGAGAAACCCUACAUGUGUGGGGAGUGCGGGUACAGGACUAGUGACAGAUCUAGCCUGGCCAGGCACAUGAAGAGACAUACAGGUGAACAGCCUCACAAAUGUAACCUGUGUGAUUAUUCUGCCAUACAGAAAUGUAAUCUAGACAAACACAUGGUAAAACACACUGAUGGAAAAUCAUUUUGUGAAUGGCCAAAUGACCAACCUUUCAUGAGAUAGAGGAAAACACCAAUGUUAACAUAUUGAUAGAAUGUGCCCAGUGUGAUAAUCCUGUUGUACUGGGGACCUUUAAAUAUCCAGUAUCGCAAAAGAUCAGAAGAUAAGACAAGAAGAAAGAGUACAUGAAUGUGAAUACGGGACAGCAUACACUUGACCACAUAUUUUAGAAGAAACGGGACAGCUAUUGCUGUUAAGCAAGUGCAAUACAAGAAAUUAAACAAUAUAUCACUACAA